AUGGAUUCAUCCAAAUUUGAAAAUCGAAACAAAAAGUUCAAAUCUAGCUUCGAUAUCGAAGACAUUAGAAAACGCAGAGGAGAAGGUCUAAUUGAGCUUCGAAAAAAAAAGCGAGAUGACCAUAUUUCUAAAAAGAGAGCUCUUAUAUCAGAAAGUGGCAAAUUAGCCCAAGAAGCGAUAGUUCUUACAAACGAAACAGUUGUUUUUAAAUAUGAAUGGGUUGAUUCAGAUCUAAUUGCAGCUGAACCAAGAUUAAUUUCCCCAGAAAUUGCUCCAGAGUCCCGACUAGUAAUUCUUUUAGAAAUAAUUUUGGGAAUUGAGGAUUGGACGAUCCUUUUUAAAUCAAUUCAAACUUUAAGAAAAAUUUUGUCAGAUGAGACUCCACCUCCUUUGCUGAUGAUAACCAAAUCAGGGGUGAGCCGCAAGCUUAUAGACCUCAUUUCUUAUGAUUUAAUUGAUCUUCAAAUAGAGUGUGCAUGGUGUCUAUUGAAUAUUGCUUCAGGCUCUGGAGAAAUCAUUGAAAUGAUUGCUGCUGAUGGGGUUAUAGAGGCUUUAAUAGGAUUAAUGGGGAAUUCUAAUUACGAUCUUGCAGAUCUAUGCAUAUGGACUCUUGGAAAUAUUGCUGGAGACUCAGUAAGGUCAAGAGAUAAAAUUAUUGAAGCUGGGGGAAUUAAUAAGUUGUUGGAAAUAAUAAAAAAUAGAGAAGGCAUUGAAAUCCAGCAUUUAUCCACACUUGUAUGGACGAUCAGUAAUUUGUGCAGAGGUAAGCCCUCACCAUCUCAUGAUUUAAUGACAAAAGUCAUAAAAAUCAUUCCGGAUUUAUUCGCAACGAAUAAUGAAGAUAUUCUUUCAGAUUCUUGCUGAAUAUUGUCAUACAUGUCUGAUGGAUACACAGAACACAUAGAAGAAUUAAUUUCUUUAAAUCUUCUUCCAGCAUUAGUCGAGCUUCUCUCCAAUCCGAUCGUAAAAAUCCAAAUCCCAGCAUUAAGGACACUUGGAAACAUUUUAACAGGAAAUGACCAGCAGACUGAAAAGGUGAUUCUUCUUGGACUUAUUGAUAAAAUAGCUCCACUUUUAACAUCAAAAAAAAGAAGCUUAAGGAAAGAAGCGCUGUGGGCUAUCAGUAAUGUAAUGGCUGGAACUGAUGAACAGAUUAAUAUGGUCCUUUCUCAUCCUUGCAUGAAAUUGGUAGUGGCUGCAGUUAUGGAUCCUGAUAUAGAAAUCAAAAAAGAAGCAUUGUGGGCUAUUUCUAACGCAAGCCAUGCAAAAAAUGUAGCAUUGAUUUUUAAAGUAGUUGAGCUAGGAGCAAUGACGGCACUUUGCGAAAUUUUAGAUAUGCAGGAAGCCAAAAUAUUGCUUAUUGCUCUGGAAGCGUUGAAUAAUAUUUUGAGAGCUGGAAAAGACAUGAUAAACUUUAAUAAAUGUGGAGGAGUCAACGAAAUUGCAUUAAAAUUCGAUGAAAUGGACGGAGUAUUAAAGCUAGAAAAUUUGCAAACUCAUCCGAAUGUGAAGAUUUAUCAAAAAGUUGUCGCCAUCAUGGAUGAACAUUAUGGGCUUGAAGAAAUUGAUGAAAACACAAAUAGUGAGCAGGCACCAAUAAUGUUUAGUAUAGCAUAA